AUGGAUUUCGAGGACCUGAAACUAUUCAAGAGCUGGGAUGAGUUGAAGCCUUACUUCACGAAUCCCAGUCUCAUCACUGUGGAAGCUUUGUUUGUGUUGCUUACCCUGUGCAAUGUUUACGUGGUACACACACUGUUUGUUGCUGUUCUUCCAGCUCCUGUAUUCAUCACAUGGUGGCAACUGACUCAGGGUCUUAUCACUGCAUACCUCUUGGGUGACUUUGGUUUGAUAUACCCUAAGUUGGCUUACUUCCCUGCUGUGAAGAUCGAGAUGAACUUGUUGAAGACCCUUGCUAUGCCAACUGUCGCUUAUGUUGCUAUGCUUUGCUCUACCAACAUUAUGCUCUGCAAGGCCCCUUCAACUGCUGCCUUUCCCAUCCUUGCAUCAGGUGCUGUAGCUGCCCACCACGCUGCUCGUUUUAUUGCUUGUGGUGAGGAAUACAUGCCUAUGAGAUGGAAGGCUAUCGGUUUCUUGUUGUUGGCUUUCGUUCUUGGUGCUACUGACAAACACAUCGCCCCUGGAAACAUCAUGACAGUUGCUUUCCUCUAUGCAUUCCUAGCAGCUGUGUUCCGUGCUGGUUUCAUGGAGCGUGCUCUUCACAUUGUCGGAGGUCGUGGUAACGCUUUGCAUAACCACCAACAUCUUCUCGGAGCUAUGAUUUUGCCAUUUGUAUGGUUGAUUAACGGUGAGCUUAAGGUGCUCAUCAACACUCUUCCAUGGGACAUAACUUCUGCAAAGACAUGGCAAGUUUGGGGUUGUUUCGUUGCUGUUGGUGCUUUACCAUUUGUAAAGAACGUCGUUUCUAACCGCUUGAUCAGACAAACGGGUCAAGCUCCAUGGCGUAUGUUGGAGCUUAUUGCUGUGGCUCUUUUGUUUAUCAUUGGUUCCUUUAGGCAGAGUCCUUCAUGGCAGGUAAUAUUGGCAACUAUUUUCGUCAUUGUUGGCCGUUUCCUCGGCGCCGUUGAUGUUAUUAGGAACCUUCAGUAUGCCCGUGACUCUCCUGCUUCUUUGGGUCACCAAUCGUCGGAACCCUUCUUGCAGAAGGAUGCCGCUGCGAUGGCCCAGGAGAUGGAAGCUUGA